AGAAGUAAAGAAUGUUAAGUGAAUCUUUUAGUGUCAACGAUGUAUUUGUGGACAUUAUUUACGAUAAGGAUGUUUUGUUCUGGGGUAAGAUUAAUUGACCCUUUUAGAAUGAGUUCAGUAGUUGGUGUAGUUGUAUAUUAAAAUAAUACAAUAAAGCAAAAAAAUUCAAGACGAUUCUAUACCACUGGACAACGAGUCUUGACAUUAUUCCAAAAACUUUAGCAUCGUAUGUUAGACUGCAUUAAAGUAGUUCAUUAAAGUAGUUAUUUUAUGAAUGUGUCUGAAAAAAUGAAUAUAUUAUACGUACACGUUGGAUGUUUAAACAUGCUUUUAUAUUUUUUUAUAUCUAACUCUAUAAUAAAAAUAAUCAUUUAAUUAAUGUUAUGAUAAACUAAUAGCUAGACGUAUAUACAAACUUAAUUUUUAUUGUAAAAAGAUCAUGUCUAUAAUUUUUUAUUUUUAUUCUUUCAGAUAGAAUGCUAGAAAUGAAGAAAAGUAAACUUCUUUCAAUAUUACUAGGUUUAGAUUUUUUCUGUAUAUCAGAUGGAGCAGGUUUACUGCCGGUACGUUUACAAGAUGCUAUUUCACGAUUUAUUAUUCCUUCAUUUGUUAUUUUAUUAUUUUUUCUUGGUAUUUUGUUUUUGAUUUUCCUAUUAUACAAAGUUUACAAUUUAAGAGAUUGUCCACAAGCACAAAUUGAAUUAACACAACAAAUAGAUAAAAUUCGAAUGGAUUCAAGAUAUAAAUCAUUAUUUAGAAAAUCAUCAACAAUGUGA